UUUUACCCCUUUUUAGCGGUGUAAACAGCUUUGUGCUGCUGCGCUGCUGAGACUGAGAGCGGAGAAUCGUCAAAUCGUCUAGUCUUGCGUUCGUCAAGCUUACCAAGUGACAGUAAAGAAACAUUUCACCGUAGAAAAUGGAUUCUGAAGUGGGUACCGCAACAAGCAUUGAGCGCACCUUCCAGUAUGACGAUGAUCUGCCUUCCCUUCCGGUCCCCAAGUUGGAAGACACCUUGAAGAAAUACCUUGAUUCAGUCAAACCACUCACCACAGAUGAGGAAUACAAGGAAACAGAGAGGAUUGUGGGAGAGUUUGGUCAAGGAAUCGGACAGGAGCUGCACAAGAAGUUGUUAGAGAGGGCGAGGGCCAGAAAGAAUUGGUUGGAGGAAUGGUGGCGAGACAGGGUGUACCUGACCAGCAGAACUCCUCUAGGGGUCAGCUCCAUGUAUGGAGCUAACAGAACAAUGGAAAGCUUCUGGCCCCCUUGUGUGGGGAGCAACAUCGAGAGAGCUGCCAUCAGUACCUGGUAUAUGCUCAGAUACUUUGAAGAGCUUAGAAGAGAGAAUAUCCCUGUAGAGAGGAGUAAGACUGGUAAGAUGACUUUCUCCAUGGACCAGGCCAGACAUAUGUUCAAUGGAAGCAGAAUACCAGGUGCAGAGGCAGACAAGCUUAUCAACUUCUUCAAAACAGAAAGGGAAGGAUCUUGUCCUAAUCAUUUGAUUGUAAGCUGCAACGGCCAUCUGUUCAGAGUAGACCCAUUUGAUAGUAGGGGAAAGCUUGUCAGCUCAAGAGAGUUUGCAAGACAACUUCAGAAUGUCAAGGAUCGGAGCACCACCAAGCGAGGGCAGUGUAUGUCCACGCUGACUGCUGACGAGAGGAGCCGGUAUGCCGAGAACCAAAAGCACUUAAAGAGCCUUCAUCCCGUCAAUGAGCAACACAUAAAGACAAUCAAUACCGCUAUCGUCAUGUUGGCGUUGGAUGAUUCUACACCUUCCACUUAUACUGAGCUUGUUCAAGCUGCAAUGAGUGGCAGAAACGUCCACAAUCACUGGCUGGACAAAAGUGUUCUUCUGAUUUGCAACAAGAAUGGUUCUCUUUCGUGCAUCAGUGAUCAUGCUCCAUUUGAUGCAAUGAUAUGUGUUGAAAUGAUAUACUGGGGCUACGUCAAGUUGGAAAAGACUGGAGGAGUAUGGCCGGAUUCAGACUGUGAGGUCAGGGGUGAUUUAGCCCAGCCUCAAGAACUAGUCUUUGUCACAGACUCAGCCAUUGAAGCCGCGAUCGUAACAGCAGAGGAAACUCAUUACAGAAUGGUGGAUAAUGUAGACAUUCUGUGCAGCUAUUUCCUGAACCUGGGCAAGGACUGGUGUAAGCAGUAUCGUAUCCAUCCAGAUUUCUUGUGUCAGCUAGCCAUCCAGCUCGCGUACUACAGGAUGUAUGGAAGGCCUGCUGCAACAUACGAGACGGCUACCACAAGGCAGUUCAACCACGGCCGUACAGAGACAUGCAGGUCAUGCUCUUCAGAAUCACUGGCUUGGUGCAAGGCAAUGAUGGAUCCAAAUGCAACAAGAGCAGAGCAAGUUGAACUCUUCAAGGCAGCGUACAUCAAGCACUUUGAAUCAAUGAGCGAUGCCAUGCAGAACAAAGGAUGUGACAGACAUCUCCUAGGUCUCUACUUCAUCUCAGAUGAGAUGGGAAUUCCCCCUCCAGAAAUCUUCCUAGAUCCAGGGUUCGUCAAAAGUGGAGGAGGGGGUAACUUUGUUCUUUCUACCAGCCUAUCAGGGUACAAGCCAUGCCUUGGUAUGGUGCCACCCAUGUGUCAGGAUGGAUACUUCUUCAGCUAUCGCAUCCUCACAGACAAGAUUGAGUUCGCUGUGGUGACAUACAAGAACAGCUCAGAGACAGACAAUCAUGCAAUUUUCAAGCAUGUAACUCAGUCCCUCAUACAGAUUCGAGACAUUACUAUGCAGACUGCUUCAAAACUAUGAGCCCUGAUCAUCACCAGCGUUUGCAUCACCCAUUCUGUUUCUUUGUUGGUCAGUGAAGUGGCCGACAAAUGUACAAUGUUCAAGAACUUCAUGCAUUCAUUCACACAGGUAUAAAACUAUAAGCUCAGGGCCAUGUAACAUAAAGAGCUAUGAUUGAGUGUAUCUCCACAAAAUCAAAAUCAAUUGUAUCUCCUUCAUUCAAUAGUUGCAUUACAAUUAAUUUUGAUGUAACAUAUAAAUACAAUGCAUGAUGGAAAAAACAAGAGAUAUUUUUUGCUGAAGGGUCCAGAAUUGUCACUAUGAUUUAUUCUGCUGUUUGUCAAUGACUAAAGUGACCAUAUGGUAGGAAUACUCCCUAGGGAGUGGAGAUGGUGCACAAUGCACAUGAACUGGGGCAAUAAUAUCUGUAAAGCACUUAGACACAUUGUUUCGUAUUAAGCGCUAUAUAAAUCAAAAUUAUUAUAAUUAUUUUGAACAGGAUCAAAAAGACUUGAAACAUCAACCUCAGGUAAUUUCCAAUAGCCAUAUGCAUCACUUUUUGAAAUGUGCAAUUAUUACAAUGAAAUAUUACAUAAUCCCAACAUGUUUGCUGUAUGCAAUGCAAUAGGCUAUUGAAAGUGCCCUUCAAUUUAUUUUCUGGGAGUAUAUAUACGGUCAUGUUCAUGGUUUAGUUGCCGGAUAUGUGUAUGUGAAAACCUGUCAUGGUAUCGCGAGCCUAGAUACUUCAAGGUGCUCAAAAUUCUUACCAUAUUUCUUUCAAGAAGCAUUUAGAACCAUUAAUCUAUUACUUUUUUCAGGAGUGUUUGUACAUCAAAAUAGAUCAAAUGUGUAUACCAUGCCUGUUCUCAAUUUAUCAUUAUCAGAUACUUCAAGAUGCUCAGAAUUCUUACCAUAAUUCUUUCAAGAAGCAUUUUGUAUAUCGAAAAGACCAAAUAUGUAUGCCAUGACUUGUUAUUAUUCCCUUCUAUUACCAACAAGAACAUAAGUCUUAUCUCCAUCUAUCUAUUCUCUACAUCAUUAUAACCCAGUCACGUGCCAGAUCAACUCCACAUUUAUGGCUACUGGGGAUGAUGUAAUUGUAAUUAUGUUGUAAGACUGGUGUCGGUCUCGGUGGCCUAAAAUUGUUUUCAAAUUUAAAUUUGUACAGUUACAACUAUUGGACGUUAUACAUUAAAUUGUACAUUGGGCAUUGCUAGUUUACCACUUCACCUCAAUAUAUUUCAGGGUGUUUCUUUUAGCCUUAUCCUCCUUUCUGUAUUUUAUACAUGUACAUCAAUAAGACUUACCGGUAAGUUUUGCUGUAAAUUCCUUGUAAAUGCUUGAAAUUUGUGAAGUUACGGUGAAGGCCAUUAUAUGUCUUGAAAUUAUGAUUAAUAAUUGAUUAUUGAUAAUAAUCGAUGCUCAUAUUAAUGAAUUAAUAUCAAUAGCCAUAAUUACAUUCAGUUUAUGCACUGGGCAGUGAUUGUCUAUCUUGUGUCAACAACUUUUGGAGGUUGAUCGUCAAUUGUUUUGUAUAAAUCGGAAGUGCGCUUAUAAGAAGCCUUUCUUUUCAUAAUGGUGUGGUAUAUAUGUUAUUCAAUCCAUACAGUGAGUACCACUAAUUUUACAAAUGCAUGUACAUAGAUAUAUCACACAAAAAUAUGCUGCGAACCCAUCUUUUCAGUCUUUAGGCAAAACAUACAUGUAGUUCAUAUUGAUAUUGUUCUAUGAUACAGUAUAUGUCCAUUUCAAAAUUGAUAAACCAGCUUGCCAUUUCAAUCAACGCUAACAAUAGAGAUUUAAAAUUUUCUUUAUCACUUUUUACAAAAUUCUAGUUUAAAUUGCAAUGUUAAUUUGUGAAAUGUUUGUUAUAUUGUGGUGGAUAUAAUUUUUAUUUUAGAUUUAUUUUUGUUGUACUUAUUCAGUAUGGACAUAACAAUUCUUUUGAAUAUAUUAAAGUGAUAUUGUUUGUAGUUGUUCAAUUAGUAGAUGUAACAAACCAUCAAAUAUAUCAUAUAUAUGAUUCUUGUUGACACACGUCUGAAAUAAUGUAAAUGUUGUGAAAUUUCUCAUGUAUUAUAUUGGCUGUUCCAAAUUGAUGGGAUGGUAUUGCACAUUCCUUUUAUUUGAAGUUGCAUUUUUAAUAUUUUUUGGUUUAAAUAGAAACUGUCUAUGAAUCAUUUUGUUUUGUUGAUCAUGGAGUAAAUAUCAUUGUAUUUAUAUCCCUGUUAAUGCAAUGUCUCAAGAAAGAUUUGAGCCAUGAACUUCAAACUGGGUAUUAAUGUGCAUCACCAUAGUGAAGCAAAUUGAUUAAAUAUCAAGGGUCAGCAAGUGAAUUUACAUGAAGUUAAAGUGAUUUGGUUGUUUUUAACCUAGUAUGGCCAAAUCAAUAACUAAUUAAAGCUAUUUUUGCUGUGAACUUGAAGCAUGAAACUAGUAUGCAUCACUAUAGGAAGACAAGCGAUCAUAUUUUCGGAUUAUCAGGUUAAAGGUUGUAAAGAUCAAUAGACAUUUGAGUACAGCCUUUUUGCUUACAUCGUGAUAUUCCAAGAAUAAUUCAAGCCAUGAACUUAACUGUACUUAGGCAAACGUAUAUUGGAGACAGUUGCAUUUGCCUUGUUCAAGUAUUCAUUGUAAAUUUGUUUUAUUCUGUCAUAAUUCCAUUUUUCUCACAACGAGAUGAUGAACACUAUUGAACUAUAGACAUGUACUUUACAUUUAAAAUUAUUUGAUAUAAUAUUCUUGUGGUUUUAAAUAUUCAUUGUAAAUUUGUUUGAUGUUUUUGAUUAUUUCCUUUAAGUCCCUUCUUCAACUAAAUGUGAGAAUUAAUUAGGGAAUUGGGAAUUUAAUAUCAUUACUGCUGCAGGGAUAUUUUAUUUUAGUGAACUUGAAAUUAUAGAAAGUUUUGCCAUCAUUUCUUGGUUGUACAACACAUGCUCCUGCAACAAUUGCUCCUCAGUCAAUAUUAUACACUAACAGAAUUCAUCAUUCUAACCUGGACCGAACAUUGAACCCAACCCUAACCUACACCUAACCUAAUACCUGAUUGCAAUCCUAACCCAAUAUCUUUGGCAGAAUAAAGUCCAGAGCAGUUGUUGCUGGAGAAUAUGUUCGCACAUCCAUUUCUUGUUUGCUAUUGUAUUGGAGUACUCCAAUAUUUAAUUAUUUGUUAGAAGUUUUAUGAAUAAAAUUGUGAAGUAUUCUAUA